AUGAAGUCCUUCGUCGCUGUCGCUGCUCUUGCCGGCGUUGCCGUUGCUGUCCCAGCUACCUCCGCUCUCCCUGCUGAUGGUUCAUGGACCGCCUGGACCACUUCCAGCUCAACUCUCUCCACCAGCACCACUACCAAGACCACUACUACUACAACCACCACAAAGACUACCACCACCACUACUCCAGCAUCAAGCGCCACUACCUGGGGCACAUGGACUUCCUCCGCAUCUACCACAACUACCCCAGCCAAGUCCACCACUACCUCCAAGGUAUCAUCCAGCACAUCUGGAACCUGGGGUGCAUGGACCUCAUCAAGCGCCAGCACCACUUCCAAGGCUAGCUCAUCCGCCUCAUCUUCCGGCUGGGGUGCAUGGUCAAGCAGCACAACCCCAGCUGCUCUGACCAGCACCACUCCUGCUGCCAGCUCUUCAACCUGGGCUGCAUGGAGCUCAUCUUCAUCCAGCGCUUCCAGCGCUUCCAGCGCCUCUAGCUCCGUCAGUGCCUCUAAGGUCUCUUCCACUCCAGCUGCUGCCACAACCAGCUCUCCAGUGAAGACCUACACUGGUGGUGCUGCUGCCAACGCUGCCGGUUUCGGUGCUGCCGGUCUUGCUGCCAUUGCCUUCAUGUUGUAA